AUGGUGGUUUGUUUACGGGCAGUUUGGUCGAUGAGCAGUUUGGGCAGUGUCCAAAGCACAGCUUCCCGCACGUCGUGCACGCAAUCAGCGUCCCAGAGCCACCCGACUGCUUCUGCUCGUUCUUGUUGUUUUGAAACAUUUUCAGGGGAUCUUUUGCUGAACAUUCUACCACUUUAUGCACCUAUGGGGAAUUUUUAG